CGACACCCUUCCCUCCCCAGCUGAACAGAGCAACUUGACAGAGGGACAAGUGUUGCCAUUGGCAGAGGAGACGCCAAUGGAUUGCGAGCUGGUGCUUUAUUAACUCGUGUUUACAGCUCUGGUUCAAGCUGUCUUCAUCAGAAAUCAGGACACACUCUGACAUAUUUGUUGGAGUGAAGGUGGAGCACAGUUUUUCUGACUCGUCAAUCCAGUUUUUUACUACCAUUUCUCCUGAAGCAGCUGCAAAACAGCAGAUAAUCUAACGAUGGAGUAAUUGUCAGUCGGUGCAAAAGAAAGCACCUUUCUAGACAUUUUAGGAGGAAACGUGCGUGAGAACAGAGACUCAUUGGAGCUGCGUGAGGGAAAGGAUGAGCGUGUUUCUGUACUCUGUCCUCCCUCCGUUGGGACUAUACACUCUGAUCUCACGGUAUCUGCUGAAGAACCCACACUAUCUCCACCGGAAGAAGAAAACAGCUUUCUACUGCACUCAAAUUUCACACCGAGGAGGAUCUGGAGAGAAGAUAGAAAAUACGAUGGAGGCGUUCACAAAUGCGGUAGAACAAGGCUCACAGAUGCUGGAGAUGGACUGCCACCUGACAAAGGACGGACAUGUGGUGGUUUCUCACGACGAGAACCUGGAGAGGCAGACCGGCGUAGACAAAGACAUCUCCUCACUCAAUCUGGAGGAUUUGCCUCUGUAUAAGGAAAAGCUGGAGGUGAUAUUUGAUGCAGGCCACGAGAACAAAAGUGGUACAGACAGAAAGAUUGCUCUACUGGAAGACGUGUUCAGGAAGUUCCCAAAGAUCCCUGUCAGCAUCGAGAUCAAGGAGGACAACCCACAGCUGAUGCGAGAGGUGUCAACCCUGGUUAAACGCUACGACAGGGAGGGAAUCACUUUGUGGGCUUCCGAGGAUGCCAAGAUCAUGAACAAGUGUCGCAGUAUCAACGGCUCUAUGCCCUACAGUUUCUCCGAACAACGCGGCAUCCUGCUUCUGCUUCUCUACUAUACCGGCCUGCUGCCCUUUGUACCUGUGGGAGAGAGUGUACUGCAGUUCUACCUGCCACGCAUCAUUAACAGGACCUACAAACCCGAAAAUCCCGAAAUCCUGAAGAAAAGUUGGGUUGUUUCUUUAAUAGAUAAAACAACAAUGAGAAAAAACCUUUUCAAGCACCUUUCAGACCGUGGGAUACAGGUUCAUUUAUUUGUUUGCAAUAAAAAUGAAGACAUCAAGGCUGCGUUUGACCUGGGAGCCACAGGAGUCAUGACUGAUUAUCCAACUCUGCUCUCUACCUACGUCAAAACACACAUGGGAGUGGAUGAUCCCAACAGCAGCAACACUCCAGAGCAACUGCUCUUAGGACAGCAGAAACACCAAAGACUAGAACAGACAUUGCCAGACCAAGGGGGGAAUCCAUGCGUCCAAACUGAACAAGAUUAGUUUGCUGCCCAACACCAAGCUGAUAGGACAAGGGUUUCAUUCACUUCUCUAAUCACCAAUCAUUGCCUACGGUGUGAUCAUGUCUGCUGUGUAUGUAUACAGUCAGGUCGGUAUGUAAAGAAACAGUUGAUGAGUUUUGUCAGCAGUGAAUGUUUAACUAGCCGCAGACCUGACAACCCAUGAUAAGACACUAAACAAACAUGACUUUGUUUUGACUGGCUACUUUCUGACAUGAUUGAUUGGUUUAGGGGAAUAUUUUGUGUUUUUAGAAAAAAAAA